UAAAACCCACAGACUUGUUUGUUGUCUAGCUAGCUACGUCUACAUGUAGUAGGUCCUGCAAGCAGAAAUGCCAGGUUAUAAGAUUACAUUGGAGUCGAGCCAAAAUGACAAGUUGCAGGUUGGAGUAUGUGCAGAGAGCCUCACACAUUUGAAGAAGCAAGUGCAGGAAAAGUUUAACUUACCACAAGGACCUCUCAAUAUUUUCUUGGAAGAUGGCACUCUGGUUUGUGAUGAGGAAUACUUCAAGGUGCUCGAGCCGCAGACCAAGUUCAGAGUCAGGCCACCAGGCUCUCCUUCAGUGCUUGGAAAGAGGCAACACAACUCUCGCAGUGAAAUGUCCCCUCCUACUCCCAAGCGUACGCAUGCUGUCCGCCCCCCUGAGCCUGAAAUGUUGCCUCCCCCAGUAGCUCACCCAAACACUAUCCAAUAUCAAUACUACCACCACCGAGUACCAAUGAACCAUUCCAGCCAUUUUCAACCAAUUCAGACGCACCCAGCUCUUUUCUAUCCUACUCUACACCAUCCUAGACCUCCUCCACAAUACACUUCACCACCAUCUAUGAGCCCGGGCCAUUUUCUGCAAGGUCCAAACAUGGCACACAAUCCAAAUUAUUUUCCUCCGAACAUGACCAUUCCCCCAAAUCAUCCAGAACAGAUGUUUCAACCUCAACCACAUGUCAACUGCCACAAUCCUUAUGCAAUGAGACUUGUGCCCAAUCAUCCACCACAUCCACCACUUGAACGAGUGAGGCUUCCUCCUCCCCUAGUAAGAGUACCACCAGACACAGAGCAAAGAAUCGUUUCUCAACCAAAUUCACCUGCCGUUAGCUUAGUUGGGCGUGGCCCGACCCGUCCAGCUACCAUUAGCUCGCAACAACCUGAAGUUCAAGCAAAUGUCGUGGGUUGUUGUCCUUCAUCCUUGUCCACGAGGAAAGAACCAGAAAUUCAAGCAAAUGUCGUGGGUUGUCGUCCUUCGUCUUUGUCCAUGAGGAAAGAACCAGAAGUUCAAGCAAAUGCAUCGAUUAAUUCAUCCUCUGACCACGCCUCCUCCACGAAGAUGGAUGAAACAGGAAAUGAAAUUGAAUUAUUCGUGCAAUACCUCAAAGAUGGAAAAAUGCCGUUCAUUCGUAAAGAAUCUGUUGACGAGGGAUACUCGAGUCCCUGUGCCACUGCAAUUCCCUCCCCAUUAACUACAACUGCACCUGUGACUCUUCUCAGUGAAGCCGUUCUACCCAUUGCUGCUGUUUCAAGGACCUCGGAAGCUUUGCAGUCUGAAAGCUCUGAAGCAAGACUCACUAAAGCAUUAAGUUUUUCUCGGCUCACUCAUAUUCUAGCUAACCAACCUAAACCGCUCUCUGACAUACUCAAGGCUGACUUAAUAAUGGACAACAAAGAACCUGGUGUUGAAAAGUCCUGUCCAGGAAUUGUUAAUAUUCUCACGUCUACACUGGAGGAUCAGACAGCACCUACGAAAGCAACUGAUGAAGAAAAGUACCAAACCAAAUCUUUAGCAACAGUAACAACAGUUGUUGCUGAUGGCCUACCCAUACAAAUUCGGGAGGAACCUCCAAUCGAUGAUGAGCCACUAUCACUCUGUGUAAACAUUCCCAUUGGUCUAAGGAAUGGGAGGAUUUAUGUGAAACCUCGACCAUCAUUCUCACCACCAUUAUGUCCUCCACCACUUUCUCCACCACCAUCACCUUCUCCACCAUCACCUGUGAACUUGAUCAUUAUUAUUGACAGUGACUCUGAGCACGAGAGUAUUGAAGCCGAACAACUACCUGAGAGUGUCGAGGCCGAACGACCACCUGAUCCCGAGAGUGUCGAGGCCAAACAACCACCUGAGCCCGAGAGCGUUGAGGCCGAACGACCACCUGAGCCUGAGAGUGUUGAGGCCGAACGACCACCUGAGCCCGAGAGUGCUGAGGCCGAACAACCACCUGAGCCCGAGAGCGUUGAGGCCGAACGACCACCUGAGCCUGAGAGUGUUGAGGCCGAACGACCACCUGAGCCCGAGAGUGCUGAGGCCGAACAACCACCUGAGAGUGCUGAGAGCAAACAACCACCUGAGAGUGCUGAGAGCAAACAACCACCUGAGAGUGCUGAGCCAACUGAGCCAGAGAUUUUUGACUGUGCUUGUGAGGAGAUCACACACACCAGUCUUUCUCGGUGCACAGAAGAUCAUCUAUACAAAGUUUUAGCCACCCUGUACUCAAUAGCCCAGGGAAAUACUCGUCUAGUACAAACCCAGCCUGAGAUCGAGACAAUAGUGUCUGAGAAUUUGUUGAUAACAGAGUCUAAGCCAUCUGUGGUGGAGUGUGUGAAUGUACUGGCAAGCUCUGAUGAUCAUGAUUCUGAAUAUGUUGGUUUAAACUUGGAUGAUGUACAAAACAUGCUACAGGACACAGACUUUGCAGACAAAGAUAAGGAGAGUUGUAGUGGAGAUCAGUUGGUUUUGGAUGUUGGCCAAGAGAUAUCAAUCAAGAUUGGACCUGAUCGAAUUGAGGAAUCAGGAGGUUUGACAAAACUACUACUGAAAUCACUGGAACGACCCCAGACUGUGACAGUGCACUCGUCGCCAAUUAGUAAGACUAUUGACUCACUCUUGGUACAUGCAGACUCACUGUGUGAGGAUGAUGUUGGUCUCAUCAGACAGUUCUUGAAAGGUACUCCCAUGGAUCCAAGAUUGAAAGUCAAAACUUUUCCGAUCAGUGUAUUAAAUGAUGGACAUACUUUAUUUAUUCGUCUUAACUUUGCUUCUGGUGAAUGGCAAGGCUAUGUUGUAUGAUGCGAUUCAAUCUAUUUUGUGUUAUUAAUCGUUAUUUUCUUGGUAUCUCCCCAACCAACUUUUAUUCAACCAUACAAUAAUAUACAUGCUGUGCAAUUUGAUUUGAAUACAUGCAGUUGUGCCUA